AAAACACCUCCUAUAAAAACCUCUCCUCCCUCUCCCCUGCACCCCCUUCUCUCGCUCUUCCCAUGGCCUCACCUAAAACAGUACAUUUACCAUAUCACCUUAUUACUAUAAUAAUAAUAAUAAUCCUGGCAACAACGUUACAAGUCCCCUUCAACAACGCAAUUACCAAUAUUGAGGCCACAACCAUUGGCGUUGACACUCCCCGCAGUGGAACCGGCCACGGCGGUGGUGGUGGCGGUGGCGGUGGUGGCGGCGGUCGACGGAGAUCGGAGCGAGCCAGCGGGGAAAGUUGCGACCUGUUCGCGGGGAGUUGGGUCUACGACAGCUCGUACCCGCCGGCCUACGGCUCGUCGGGCUGCCCGUUCAUCGAGCCAGAGUUCGACUGCCAGAAGUACGGCCGCCCCGACGCGCUCUACCUCAAGUACCGCUGGCGGCCCGCCGCAUGCGACCUCCCGAGGUUCAAUGGGGUGGAUUUGUUGGAGAGGUGGAGGGGGAAGAAGGUGAUGUUUGUGGGGGACUCGAUAAGCCUGAACCAGUGGGAGUCCCUGGCUUGCAUGCUCCGUGCAGCUGUUCCCAACACCAGGACCACCUACACCAGAACCGACACCAUCUCCACUGUGACCUUUCAGAACUACGCGGUGUCCGUGAUGUACUACCGGUCGACCUAUCUUGUGGACAUCGUGACCGAGCCGAUCGGUCGGGUUCUAAAGCUAGACUCCAUCACCGGCGGCGCCUGGCUCGGCAUUGAUCUGCUGAUCUUCAACACUUGGCAUUGGUGGACUCACACCGGAAGUAGCCAACCGUGGGACUACAUACAGGACGGGAGCCAAGUAGUAAAAGAUAUGGACCGGUUAGUGGCCUUCUCCAAGGGGCUAGCUACGUGGGCCAAAUGGGUCGAUUCGAAUAUCGACACAUCGACGACGAAGGUUUUCUUUCAGGGAAUUUCUCCCACUCAUUACAAGGGGAAUGAAUGGGGGGAACCAAACGCGAAGAACUGCUACCAGCAAACGCAACCGAUAUCCGGAUCGACCUACCCAGGAGGUCCACUUCCUGCGCAGAGCGUCGUAAAGAACACUCUCGGUGGUAUGUCGAAGCCGGUUUACUUACUCGACAUAACGUUGCUCUCUCAGCUAAGGAAAGACGCGCACCCAUCGGCGUACAGUGGGGACCACACCGGCAUGGACUGUAGCCACUGGUGCCUCGCGGGGCUCCCCGAUAUGUGGAACCAGAUACUGUACGCAGUGCUUACGACAUGAACCGAAGGAGGCGGACCGAGAAACAUCGGAUAUUCAACCAGAAAGGAAGGACUUCAAUUGAGUUUCCUAGCAAGUAUUGGAUCAAUGUGCAUUCAUUUUUUGUUGGAUUAUUUCAUCAUUAUUUGAUUCUUAAUAAUGGCAAUUCAAUCCGGGAAAUAAAUUCCGGGGCGAAAAAUGAAAGUGUGAUUUCUCGUUAUGUUUUAGAGGGUGAGAACAAUGUUAAUUUGUUACUUUACAAAUUUUAAAGGUUAAGCAGGUAAAGUUUGAGCUGCACCCAAGUUUGAUAGAAA